GCCCCGGCCCCGGCCCCGGCCCCGCCAUGGAGGCCAUCUGGCUGUACCAGUUCCGCCUCAUUGUCAUCGGGGACUCCACGGUGGGCAAGUCCUGCCUCAUCCGCCGCUUCACCGAGGGCCGCUUCGCCCAGGUCUCGGACCCCACGGUGGGGGUGGAUUUCUUCUCCCGGCUGGUGGAGAUCGAGCCGGGGAAACGCAUCAAGCUGCAGAUCUGGGACACGGCGGGUCAGGAGAGGUUCAGAUCCAUCACUCGCGCCUACUACAGGAACUCAGUAGGUGGCCUUCUCUUAUUUGACAUUACCAACCGCAGGUCCUUCCAGAAUGUCCAUGAGUGGUUAGAAGAGACCAAAGUACACGUUCAGCCCUACCAAAUUGUGUUUGUUCUGGUGGGUCACAAGUGUGACCUGGAUACUCAGAGGCAAGUGACUCGCCACGAGGCAGAGAAACUGGCGGCUGCGUACGGCAUGAAGUACAUUGAAACGUCAGCCCGAGAUGCCAUUAACGUGGAGAAGGCCUUCACAGACCUGACGAGAGACAUAUAUGAGCUGGUUAAAAGGGGGGAUAUCACGAUCCAGGAGGGAUGGGAAGGGGUGAAGAGUGGAUUUGUGCCGAAUGUGGUUCACUCUUCAGAAGAGGUCGUCAAAUCAGAAAGGAGAUGUCUGUGCUAGUCAGUCGUUUUAUUUCCAAACCACGCUCUCCCACCUGAACUCACAAGUGAUCGAAAGGAAAAGAAUCCCUGCGUGACUGAGUGGACUCAACCUCCAUUUUACAUCCCCAGUGAGCCUCCUUCUCGAGGCGUCUAUGCCAGGCCGUGGGGGGGGGGGCGUGGGAGCCCGACUGAGCGACGUGGGCCAGGCGCUGUUUGUGGCCCGGUCUGGGCCUUGGCUGCUCCGUGUGCCGUCCCUGCACCACGGGCCAAGGGGCUGAGGGUCGGGGAGCUAGGCUCCAGAGAAAGACCCCCAUAGACAGGAAAACGAUUCCUUGCUGUUUCAGCUCACUCGUAGGUCACACACGUAAAGAAAUCUGUCAGGGGGGGAACAGUCUCACAUUGGAAACGAUUAGCAGCACUAAAAAGGAGUGUGAGAUCGACUUCAUCAGUGAGAGUGGCCUACACCAAGUGGGUGUGCUGGGUCUGGUCAAAAGGUACCGACCAGCCUCUACACAGCUCACCUGUAGAAUGAGGGGCACGGACCAGCUAUUUCCUAAGACCCUCUCAAGGCCUGUUGUUCUAGUAAGACUGGUGGGACUGUGAAAAGGGGGGGCACUGCGCAUACCGUGUUCCCGCGGCCCAGCAAACGCGCACCCUGGUGAUGGAGUAACCAACCGUGUGCAAGGAACCGUCCCAUGCAAAUUAGCAGAUAAGUAGAACAAAGAAACCUCGCGAUCCAUGCCCUACCCUCUGUCCCCCGCGACCAUGCCUAGGGGUUCACCUGGCUGUCUUCAGGGGCCCGGCGGCAACGCACAGGUACAGGGACGGCCUGUGAAACGAGCCCCGGGGGCAAACGUUUGCUAAUCGACCCUGCACUGAGCACCUGCCCAGCAAGAGGCGCUGUGGCCCUCGCACGUGCUCCACGGUCCCCUGAAUUACUUACUGAUCAUCACAACAGGCCUGUGAGGUUUUCUUCCCCAUUUUACAAGAGAGUAAACUAAGAAGCAGGAGACUCACUUGGCUAAGGGGAAGGUCUACCGACUGCUAGCCCGUGCCCCACGGCAUCAUCUUGUUCCUGCUGUCAGAUGAAUGAACUGUUACUCAUUUGUUUACUUUGGAAGAGAUAUGACUGUAAAUAAAUGUUCUCUGCGUGUUAGGAUAUGUUUCCUUAUUGCUCACGACUCAGCUAUAAUCCUAAGGGAACCCGGGGAUGAAACAAAAGGUAAAGCCAAUUCAGGUAUUAAUGACAAGAGGGCUUUAAACAAGUGAAUGAUUGCACAACUAAGAACAUUAAAACUGUGUGGGCUACAAGUGUUCUUGUCACUGAAACACAGUGGACAGAUCCUUGAAAGGAACCAAAUACAGCAAUGGGGGGUGGGAUGGGGAUAAGACACUCACCUCACAAUGACCUUAGCCACCUGUUUGCCAUAUACCUACACUGGGUCCUUGUCUACCCUAGAGAGUCAGCUCUUAAUUCUCAGGUGAACAGACAUCUAACUAACUACAUCAGAAAAUCGAGAUGGUUGGCUUAAGGUUCCAUUACGUUCUUGAAGAGAGAUCGUGCUUUAAAUUAUUCUCUGGAUUGUAGCCAGUCGAGCUAGGCAAAAGCCAUACUUUUCCCAGUGAGAAAACAAUUCUGAGUAGUCAGGUGUCGCGUAUCCAUUGUGAUAGGAAAGCCUGGCGAUGGUAAAUUGCUGUGACAUAUAAUAUUGAACUUCAGUAUGAAUGUGACUGAAUCUGAACAAAGUUUGAGAACUUAACUUCCGCCAGAAUGAAGCAGCCAAAUAAUGAAAACUACGGAAACAACCGCCUCGGACGAACCUGCAGCAUCAACUACAAGUGAAUCAAUCAUCACCUCAACAUUCAUUUCACAUGACCUGGCUUGGGUGGAGUCAUUAAGUUGCCAGCUUUGUGGUUUUAGAAGGCAAAUAAAAGAUGGUCAGUGGGAGUGAUGCAAAGUUUCAUCGACUACUAUAGUGAAUUAUAUCAAGAAGAUUCUGGAAGCAAGAUUUCCCAGUGCAUAAGUGAGUUGAGUGGAUCCUGUCAGUUCCAAAAGAGUAGAGAAACAAAACUUCUUUAUGGUUUUCUUGUCUCAAAUACACUCUAUGUAUACUGUUCCCAUUCCUUGCAUUGUUUUAGGCAGGUUUAAAAAUACUCAGCAUAGGACCCAGCAAAGGUGGCUGAGCUUAAUUGCUUACACAAGUUCUAGAAAUCUUAAAAAUCAUUUUAGUAGAAUUCAGUGCUGUUGUCACUGCAAUAAGUGGGUUUUAGAAAAUACGUGUGAAAAAAUCAGGUGUUAAUACAAUACUAAGGAUAAAGCUUUAGAAGCUAUUUUACUACAUAGGUAAAAGAAAAGAUCAACUAACUUGUAACAAAGACCACAACUGCAUGUUGGAUUAGAUUGUCUCCUAUUCCAGAAUAAAAUGUACUGUAAACUUUCCCUCACUUUGUUGUGCAUUGUAAUGAAAUGUGGAAAAAAAUGUUUUCUUUAGCUGUAUGUGAAUGAGAAUUUGCUUGUAUUUAGUAAAAUGGUUGAUUACGUGACUGUGA